AUGACAAUAUCAACACCAUUAUUAUUACCAGUAUCAUUGUUUGAUAUUUUAAAGACGGUUCAUCCAACCAAAGAAUAUCACAAUGCCGUCGAAUCAGAGAUCCUACUGGAUUCAACUAUGGCGACAAGAUUGACAAGCAAACCCACGAACAAUUCUACCCACCCAACAACAAGCUCCCCUCCAUCUCGAUCAGAGACUAUCUCCAAAGACUCAUCAAAUACUCGCCAUGUUCAUCCGAAUGUUUUAUCGCUUCGCUCAUCUAUAUCGACCGUCUCUCCAAAGAAUGUCAUCUCCUUAAUCUUAAUUACCACUUUGGUCAUUUCAACUAAAUAUCUUGAUGAUAUAUUUUAUAAUAAUGAAUUUUAUUCACAAGUUGGAGGAAUUAAUUUAAAAGAAAUGAACAAGUUGGAAUUGGAUUUCCUUAAUCUUGUAAAGUUUAAUGCUGUGUGCGACGACCAGGUCUUUGCCGAAUACUCGAAUUGCAUUCAAGAGACCAAGAAUCGAUUCACCGCCUAUCGAAUGCCACAACUCAUCAGAGUGCCCGUUGGCAACAUCACCCCACCCGCCUCCAACUCUCCACGUAGAAAUAACUCGCCAUACUACCCCAGGAGAGGAAGUUGCGAUCAAGGUUCAUUUCGUUCACAACAAACAAAUGAUUCUAUCGCUGCCUAA